AUGUGCUCCGUCAUCUCCAAAACACAGGGGCGGGCACGGAUCCAGCGUGGCCCGUGGGCCCCGGGCAGGGCAUGGCUGUCGGGCUGCGGCACGGCGGGUGCCCAGGAGAGGAGGGACUCGGGCGUCAGGGGAGAUGGUGGCCUUGAUGAGGACGAUGCUCGGCCACACCGGCUGGCCCAGAUCCUGCCCACGGAGGAGAAUUUCCUGCUGUGUUUCCGCCAGCACGUGGGCUCCAGCUCGGCGGUCAUGGAGGCUUGGCGGAGGUACGACACGGACCGCAGCGGCUACAUCGAAGCCAACGAGCUCAAGGGCUUCUUGUCGGACCUGCUGAAGAAGGCGAACCGGCCCUACGACGAGCCCAAGCUGCAGGAGUACACGCAGACCAUCCUGCGGAUGUUCGACAUGAACGGCGACGGGAAGCUGGGCCUCUCGGAGAUGUCCCGACUUUUGCCUGUGCAAGAAAACUUCCUUCUGAAGUUUCAGGGGAUGAAGCUCUCCUCGGAGGAGUUCAACGCCAUCUUCGCCUUCUACGACAAGGUAGGGAGCCGCUCGGGCCACAAGUUCCACAUACGUUUUUGA